AUGGGCGCCGCUUCCACUGUCGUCGGUAGCACCAACGGCAGCAGCAACCGUAAUUCCAAAACACCGCUCGAUUCCAGCCAACCUUUCACCCCAGCUUCUUCCCAACAACAACCCCAACCCCAACAACAACAACAACACCCCUUCCCCCCAACCCAACCCCACCAAUUCCAACCCCCCCAUCUCCCCUCCCAAAACCAAACAACCUCUUCCUCCACCGCCGCCACCGCCAUCGCCAAGGAACAACAAGCCUCCAACAACACCCAACGAGGAGAAGAAGAUGACGACCCCAUAGGCCUAGGCCUCCACGGCCCCCUAAAAGCCGACACCGAUCUCUCCUGGGGCAUCCCCGCCGGCCUGCACAUGCGCCGCGGCAACGACGAGAACCUCGCCAUUUUCCGCCGCGCGGUGGGGAUCAACAGUCAUCGGGGAUGGGGAGGCCGGGAUCGAGGGAGCCCAGGGGGGUUAGCAGGGGCGGAGGCGGAGGAAGGGAGGUCAGGGAAAGGAGGCGGUGGGAGGAGGGGGGGAAGGACGGUGGCGAUGGCGACGGGGGGGAUUUAUGCGGCGGCGGUGAGGGAGGUGCAGAGGAAGAGGAUUGCGUAUCAUUUGUUGUCGGUUUUGAUCAAUGCGAGCCAUUUUGCGCAGAUUAUUAUUGGGGCUUCUUUGACUGCGCUCGGUCCCAGCGCAGGAGACCACGUCAUCGUCAUCACCCUCCUCGGCGCCAUCAACACUGUCAUCGCGGGUGUGUUGGCGCUAGUCAAGGGCCAAGGUCUGCCGGAACGACUAAACCACGACCGAGCCGAGUUCCGAAGGCUUCAAGACUGGAUCGAACAAACCGAAGCCCUCCUAGCCGUCGGCGUCCUCGGUCGCGACCGUAAAGAAGUCGGCGUGCUCGUUCAGACGGCGUUCAGAAAGUACAACGCGGCGAAGCAGUGCGAGGAGAGCAACCAGCCGGAGAAUUAUGUGCGGUAUCCCGAGACCGAUCUGACCAUGGGUCCCGGGGGACCUGGUGGUGGGCCGGCGGCGGUUGGUGGCCGGCCGGUGUCGCAGGUUGAGUCGGUGAGUCCACCGCCGGGCCAUGCGGGGGCGCGAUCGCCGAGUCCGUAUCAUUAG